GAGGUGGAGGAAGUUGCACACAUCUGCAGUUCCCUGAGUGAAGGUACUGGUGGCCUCACAUUGCAGUGAGAAAGAGAGAGAUUAGAGUGGCUUGCGCUUUCUCCUGGCCUUUGGAGAUCCAGCCUGAGAGAGAUGCAGUGGCCAAUGCUGGUGGGGUCCCUUGUGGUCCUGCUGGGUGUGUCCGGGGCACUGGACCCUGCCCUGGAGGAAGGCUGGCGAGGAUGGAAGGCCUUCCAUGCUAAGGAGUAUCCUGAAGAGGCGGAAGCUUUCCGCAGGGCGGUCUGGGAGAAGAACCUGCGGCGGAUCGAGCACCACAACCUGGAGGAGUCUCUGGGGAAGCACAGCUACCGUCUGGAAAUGAACCACUUCGGGGAUCUGACGGAAGAGGAGUUUAACCAGCUUCUGAACGGUUUCCUAGCUGAGCGGCACGGCGGGAAGGGGCCUCUCUUCCAGGAAUCGGCUGCUCGGGAGACUCCCAAGGAGGUGGACUGGCGCGCAAAGGGCUACGUUACCCCCGUGAAAAACCAGGGCCACUGCGGGUCAUGCUGGGCUUUCAGUGCCACAGGAGCCCUGGAGGGCUUGGUCUUCAAGAAGACGGGCAAACUGGUGUCGCUGAGCGAGCAGAACCUCAUGGACUGCUCGAGGAGUCUGGGGAACAACGGGUGCCACGGGGGCUUCAUGACUCGGGCCUUCCAGUACGUACGGGACAACAAGGGCAUCAACUCGGAGCUCAACUACCCCUACUUGGAGAGGGACGAAUUCAGCUGCCAUUACAACCCCCAGGACAACGCUGCCAACUGCACCUCUCUCAUGCAGAUCCAGGUGGGCAACGAGACAGCUCUGGAGCUGGCAGUGGCCACUGUGGGCCCGGUCUCCAUUGCCGUGGACGCCAGCACUUUCCACUUCCGCUUCUACAAGUCAGGAGUCUUCGCUGACAGCGAGUGCAGCCACACCGUGAACCAUGGGAUGCUGGCUGUGGGCUAUGGCAUAUCCCAGGAGAAUGGGACGAGCGCUGCCUACUGGAUCCUAAAGAACAGCUGGUCUGAGCAAUGGGGCGAAAAAGGUUACAUCCGGCUGGCGAAAGGAGCCGACAAUCACUGUGGUGUGGCCAAUCAAGCAAGCUAUCCCAUCUUGUAGCCAGAGCUGGGUUUUCCUCCUGCCCUAGGCCUGCAUGGCAGAAGACCUCACAUACUGCAUGGGGUUGUUUUUUUUUCUUCCCACAGUCUAAAUGACUUGAUCUUCGUCUUCAGCAGGGAGAUUCUUUUUUGCUCCCAGCAGCGAUUUCUGGGCUGUUUCUUAGCUGCGAUUUACUUAGCUUUAGAAGCGAUUAAAAGUUGUGCAGCAAAUUGCUCUUGCAAGCCUGGGUAAGUCAUGUUCUGGUCACGCUGCAGCAUUGCUGAACGAGGCUUCGUGCUCUGUCCAACGGAGUCAUAAAAUAAAGAAUGUUUUCCUGUCAGUGUGAAAACCAGUCUCCUUGUGGGUUUGAAAGAUGAUUAAAGAUGCUUCUCCAUAGGAGCUUUCUAUGCACCUUACAAGUUCCCUUAGCCAUUCGAUCCCAUUUUCCUCUUUAGCUAAAGCCCAAAAGCCCGUGGAGACCGUGCCAAACUGGCUGCCAACAAAACCACAAAGAAGAUGACGGGAAAGUAUAGAAGUGCCCGUAACCUGAGUCUGUAUUAUCUAAGCACUGGCUAUGCGCAGGCACUGUCCAGGACCGCAGAGCUUACUGUCCUGAAGAGAUGUAUUUACAUAACAGCCAAACAGGAACAAGGCAAAAAGCAAUAUAAAUAGCUCCCAUUACAUUUGCUCUCCAGCCCCCUUUAUUCAGAUAUGAUGAUGCCAGGGAGAAGGAAACUGAUUAGAACCCCAUCAAAUUCUCUAUAUAAAUUUUUCAUUUUAUUUUUAUGGGGAAUUUUGUGUUGUUUCAUUUUCUCCAGCUGGAGGAGGGUCAGGUCCUGGCCCCAGUGGAGUAGGAAGCUGGGGCUGGGGAAGGGGGUUUGCAAUGCAAGCCCACCCCAUACUCUUUGGCCCUGUGUGCCAGCUUGCAAUGCUACUCACUCAAAUUUGGCCCAGCCAUCUCCCACCGUCCAGCCACCCCGUGCACUAGGUCCCCAGGCUCAACCUCACAGGCUGUAGCUGCCACUGCAGGGGAGUUUUUGUUUUAUUUUACAUCUUGUUUUUUCAUUUUAUUUGGUAUUUGCAAAAAAAACCACGGGACUAUCAAAAUGACCAUUACCCAACAACGGUAAUGUUUGAGUAAAGCAAAAGGGGAGUACUGCCCAGUGGUUAGAACUGGGAAGCAUGAGAAGAGAGCACUAUUGGGGCUGGUCACGUCCCAUUUCUGUACCUCAGUUUCCCCAUCUGUAAAGGGUUAAGAAGCUAGGAUAACCUCGCUGGCACCUGACCAAAUGACCAAUGAGGAGACAAGAUACUUUCAAAGCUGGAGGGGGGGGAGAAACAAAGGCUCUCUCUGUCUGUGUGAUGCUUUUGUCGGGGUCAGAACAGGAAUGGAGUCUUAGAAUUUAGUAAGUAAUCUAGCUAGAUAUGCAUUAGAUUCUGUUUUCUUUAAAUGGCUGAGAAAAUAAGCUGUGCUGAAUGGAAUGUAGAUUCCUGUUUUUGUGUCUUUUUGUAACUUAAGGUUUUGCCUAAAGGGAUUCUCUAUGUUUUGAAUCUAAUUACCCUGUAAGGUAUUUACCAUCCUGAUUUUACAGAGGUGAUUCUUUUACUUUUUCUUCUAUUAAAAUUCUUCUUUUAAGAA